AUGCCCGCGAAGAACUGGAGCUCACCCUACUCUAGCUUGGCCCUCAAGUGCGCCUCCCUCCCCAACUCCUCGGUCAACGCUGCCUGCGGUGCCGUCGCCGGCAUCGCGUCUGGCAUCGUCACCUGCCCGCUCGACGUCAUAAAAACUCGUCUGCAGGCCCAGGGUUCCUGGCGCCCACGGCACCAGGGACGAGCCACGCGUGUCGUAUACCAGGGCCUGCUGGGCACUGCACGAGUCAUCUGGACUCAGGAUGGCGUUCGGGGCAUGUACAGAGGGCUCGGGCCGAUGCUGCUCGGCUACGUGCCCACCUGGGCCGUCUACAUGAGCGUGUACGACUGGUCCAAGGACUUCUUCUACACGCGAAUGGAGAACAAGUGGCUGUCGAGGAUAUCGGCUUCGGUUGCCGCUGGUGCUUGCUCCACGCUAGCAACAAACCCUAUCUGGGUCAUCAAAACGAGGCUCAUGUCGCAAGUGAGCGCGCGCGCCUCUGAGGAGCACCGUCCGCCAUGGCACUACAAGAAUACGUUGGAUGCCUUCCGCAAAAUGUACGCCAAUGAAGGCAUGCGCGCCUUCUACUCGGGUCUAACCCCCGCGCUGCUUGGCCUCACCCACGUCGCUAUCCAGUUUCCGCUAUACGAGUUCUUCAAGAUGAAGUUUACUGGUCUGGAGAUGGGUCAAACAACGUCAACCGACAGCAAUAUGCAUCUGGCGGGCAUACUUGGCGCGACAAUUCUAAGUAAAAUCUGCGCUACGUCCGCUACUUAUCCACAUGAGGUCCUUCGCACCAGACUUCAGACGCAACAACGUACGAUUCCUUCCGCCUCACACGAGGAUGUAGCCUUUCGAGGAAGCCAUCAAGAAGCUCGAUACCUAACACGAGGUCCAGGCACCGCUUCAUCCGAUGGCAUGAUCAACAUCCCUCGCUAUCGCGGUAUGCUGCGAACCUGCGCCACCAUACUACACGAGGAAGGCUGGAGAGCGUUCUACAACGGCAUGGGCACCAACAUGGUCCGCGCGGUACCGGCAGCCGUCACUACGAUGAUGACGUACGAGACGCUGCGAUCGAUGCACCAAAAGCUGAAGCAGGAAGGUCUCGAAAUGCAGGGUGAGGCCUGA